AGCGCCCGGCGCGGGGGCGCGGCCGCCGGCGGCGUUUGGCGGCGCUGCGGGGCUCGGCGGGCGGACCGCGGUGCCGCGCAGAGGGCUCUUCCCCUCACGCGCGGUCGUUCCCCUCAGCGCGCUCUGAAGCGCUGAGGUGUUUCUGCGUUAACCUCCUUUGAGAGGACGCUUGAAAGAAAUAAGCUUUAAAAUGUGUACCGGAGCGUUAACUGACGAUGCAGUCCGUAGUCGUUCAUCUGUCUCAGUUUGCCCGGUUGGAAACUAUUUUCCAGCCUGCCUGACCCUGUUAAAUACUCACCUGAUUUUCCCCACACCAUCACGCUGAGCGCCAGGAAAGGCAUAAAAUGCCCGUGGAGAAUGUCCUUGAGUGCUGUGUUACAGGUGGCCCGUGCAAGGUCUGGCACGAGAGUGCCCUUUACGUACACCAGCUCUGCAGUGCAGCCUCAUGGCUAAAGAAAAUCUCCUACAUGCCAGAUGAGAAACAGCAGAUGAGAAACUAAAGCAAGCAGGAUCGCCGGCAGUGAUAGCAGUCGCCUCCCUGCCGCUAUUUGCACUGACUGAUGACUCUUUAGCACUUCUUGUCGACACCAGGAGAGGUACGUACUGCUCCUCGGUGUGAGAUUUCAUACCAUCUUCUGCAAACAGAAAUGACUCAAAGCCACCUCAAGACACAAAGCUGACCUACGUAUGUCUUCAGCAGCUCAGGAAAUUAGUUUGGUUGUAUACUGACGUGCUAUCAGACUGCCAUAAAUGUUUGCCUUGCUUAAAAAAAUAAUACUUUUAAAGAAAUUUUCUAAUGAAGUGCUUACUAUGAUUUCACAGGCUGGUGAAGGAUCUGUAACCUGUGCAGCUUGCUGGAUCACUGUGCACUUCAAGCUAUCAGUCUCUUCUUUUUUCCUCUAAGGUCUCAUCCUGAGACAGUCCUUUCAAGUAUCCCUCGUAAAACUUGGAGUAAAAAUGAGGUUUUUCAUUUGUGUAUACUGUAAUCACUCCAAGAACUUAGGUCCAAGAAGCCUGUUUAUAUCUUUAUCAACUCCUUCAGCACUGUCUUCUUGGGCUUAAUUGUGUUCUGAUUGUAAUCUUUGUGUGGAAGUUGGAUAAAAGCUUUUUGUUAGUUUCUGUUACAGAAUGGAAAGAAAGGAGAUGCCUUUUAUAUCAGUUUACUAUGUUCCAUGAGAAAGUUACAGUUGUCAAGGCAUCAAUGCAGCAUAAUCAUCACUUAUCUAUCCUUAAUUAGUGGCCUCAAUAAUUUAAGUAGCAGGGACUUUAUAAUUCCUGCAUUUACAGGUUCUCCUCUUGCUUUUUCACAAGAAUGAACUCUCCAUCAGUUAUUUGGCAGAUCUGCUCUGAGCUACUUCCUUUGAUUCUCAGAUCUUCUCAGCAGCAUCCAAGAUCUUUACAUCAAGAUGAUUCAGAAAUGAUGAUUCCCUGCUCUGAAAGUACUCCACAGUAUACAACAUUUCAUUACCCACUUUGGCACUGAAUCAUGUGGCUAAUAUCCUCAGUGAGGAGUAAAAGCUCACGACAAACUAGAGGUUGUCUGGUCUGGCAUUUGAUAACCAGUAGCUAAAAGUUCGUGGUUUUUACAGUUUCACACCUAACGGAAACCUGUCUUGUCAGAAGGAGUGGUAAUGCAUUGGAACAGACUGCCCCUGGAGGUGGUGGAGUCACCAUCACUGGAGGUGUUCAAGAAAGUGUAGAUGUGGCACUGAGGGACAUGGUGGUGAUGGGUCGAUGAUUGGACAUGAUGAUCAUAGCGGCCUUUUCCAACCUUAAUGAUUCCAUGAUUUUAUGAUUCUAAGUUGGGUGGCUCUGAAGGUGACAUUUCAUGAAGAGGCUUUCCUCUGAAGCAGCAGGUCUCUGUUGGCCCACCAGGUGUCAGCCACGCAGGGAAAUGUCUUUGCUGUCCUUGGAACGGGCCCUUUGUUGGAGAGUUGCCAUCCUACGGCCACUUGUUUUAUUCUCUUAGGAUUUCACACAUUUUAAUAUCAGUGUUUUUCCUUUUGAAUCCUUGAACUGCUGGCUAUCCACCUCUCAGCAUUACCCACUGCAGUUGUUUUUUCUUAUCUCACGUGGCUCUGUGUACUUUCUCCCAGUUCUUUCUCACAACUUAUUUUUUUCAGAAGUUUCUCAGAGCUGGUGCUGUCAGAACUAGGUCUUGCACUGCAGACAGCUGAAACCUGUAGAAGGGCUGCACUGGCUAUGUUGGACAGUCCUGGUGAGGGGCUACAACCCCUUCCCUAUGGGGCAAACUGGAGAGUUUGUCUCAGAUUUGAAGAUCUGAAGUUUAGAGAUUCACAGUAAAGAAAGCAGAUAAAAUGCUUUUGUUAUUAAUUUUCCUUAUAAUGAAAGCAACUAGGCAGGGUGGGAUAUCUUAGGGUGUAUUGUGCCAUGCAGGAACAGUCAAAGUACAGGGCGUGUGAGCAGAUCUGUCACCACCCAGCCUCCUCUUGGAAAUCUGAAAGUGACUCCUUACAGAAGUUUUGUGAUCUAUUGGUGCUAUUAUGAGUAUUUAAUGCAUACUGACUGUUAGUUUCACUGGCAGUUAAGUACUGAACUUCCUCCAGAAAUCAUGUUAAGCAUUGCAGGUUAGAAGAUGCCAAAUAUCAGUGCUUUUUAAAAUUAGGGUUAAAUGGGUAUAUAGGGCCAAAUUCUUAACAUUCUCAUAAGCUGGAACAGUACUGCCACUGGAACAGUAAAAGAAGCAGAAUUGGGCUCCGUGAGUGUACAUGAAACUGUGUAUGAUAAAACAGCUUCAGUUAUAAAAAACAGUGAUAAUAGAAUUGCUUUUUCAGACUGACAGAAUCUGCAUCUCAGUAAGAAAACUUUAAGAAUCUCAUAAAAAUUUUCCUGUGGACAAAUGUUCGUGAUAUUGCAUGUGCUAUAUGGACUGACCGUUUAAUAAAAUAGAAGUGAUAUUCCUUUACAUGGCAUCUUGGAAUACAAAGUGCUGUGGGCUCAGAGAUGCCCCACCAAAUAGUGAGAGCAGCAAUAGCAGUUAUCAAAGUGUGGUUACAAACACUGACAGCAAAUUUGGUGAGAUUGACCUUGGACAAUGCAAACCAGUAUAUUUUAGGGAAAACUGUUACAUACCAGAAGGAAGAAAGCUGCCAAACAGUGAGUGUGAGGAAUGUGUGGGUGAUAGCAGAGAUCUAAUUAGGCUGCACUUUGCAAUACUAUUUGGCACAGAAAAGCAGUCUGCUUGAAGCAUAGGUUUUCCUCUUUACUACAAGGUUAGGUAGCUGGGGCUUCUGCCAUAACAGUAUGGGCAGUAGCUUCAGAAACAAAGAAACAUCAGUGUCGCUUCACAGUUUACUUCUGGUGUUUGAGAGUUCUCAUUCUCAUUGGAAAAUCAGAACUGUUGUGGAAAAUGUGUUCCCUUGUUUUAGGCCUGUCUCGAGUGUUGUAAAUCAUGACAAGGUCUGAAUAUACCCUGCUUGAACUGAGCUGUGAUUUACAUGUUUCAAGAUAAUUGUCUUUUCUCCACAACAAUACUCCUUAUUUCUCUCCCAGCACUUACUUCUUUUAAUAGUGUUCUCCGUGGUUUUCUGCUUGAGCUCCCUCCUCGGGAGAGAGAAUUAAUGUGAAGAGAAUGCAUAGAUUUCCCUUGAAAAAUGAAGAUUGCUGGUGAUAAAUUAGAUUUGGAAUUCCAUGGGUAGCUGCUAAUACCAGCUAAAUUCACAAAAGGGAUGAAAGUAUCAACUUCUGAACUUAGAUUCCAAAAACUCCACUCCCAGCUCCCACUGGCAAUCUGGGUUUGGAUGCUGUUUCAUAUUCCUAGUUGUGCAGUCUUCUGUAUGAGAUCCUUUACACUUGGGGUAACAACCUGGAAUCCUGCUCUCUCCUCUGUCUCAGGAGAUGCACAAAAUCAGCUCUUCCUCUUGCCAUGCUGUCUGCGUCAGUUUGUGCAGGUCUUCUCAAGGACACACUGGUUUAGCAACUAACGCAAAGCAGAGGGGAAGAGAAGUCCUUUCCCCACCCUUCGCUUUUUUUUCCAGCAACUUUGGGUUGUGAGCACCUGCCUCAAAUAUGGAGACCCGAAUUCAACUUCUUUUGCUACUGGAAGGAAGUGAAAUAACACUUUGUGUAGGAAGGCUGAAAGAGCCAUGCAGUCCUGCUGAAGUUACAGCAGCAUACUGUUGAUGCUGUAACCACUGAUGGGUAUUUUCUUGUCCUGUGAUAUACUUAAGAGCUCAAUAAAUACACCACAAGAACAUCUCUUUAUGUUAAAGUCUGAUUUUGUGAUGUUCUGUCAUGUCAGAUAUCUUAUACCAUAAAUCCCACUUAAUUCAAUAGGGAGAGUGGAUAUUCAGUGUGAGGAAAGUUAUCAGAAUCAAGUGAAUGAAAUGACUUUUAUGUAAAACUGAGCAAUACCUUAAUUCUAAGUUGAAAGAAAUGGGAUAAUAGUCAUAGCUUUCCACUCCUUCCCAGUGAUUGCUGUGCAACAUGAAUCUGGUGCAAGCCUAGGUGGGAUGAAGAAAGCAAAUGGACUAGGAGGAAGAGAGAAUUUCUCCUUGAUCUUCCCAUUAGCUCUGGGAAGGAAAUGUGUUAACUCAUUUCCAGUUGCAAGUCCCUUUGGGUAAUUAGAAGAUUAUGGAACACCACGUACACCUGCACCCUCACAAACCCCUGAUAUGAGAGGAAAUAUUGGAUCAGCUGCUGCUGUCGGUUGCACAGACUGUGAUACGUAGCCUGCACAGACCAGAGCCACAGCAUGGUGUGAUUACAGCUAACCAGCAUAUCUGAGCAGGAAACGUCUUCGCCUGAAGCAAGUGUGAUCCCAGGGCAGAACCCAGCCUUCUGUUUCUUGGAAUGUACUUUACAGAAAUAGUAAUAGCAGCAGCAGUAUGUUUUUCAAACUGGGCUAAUUUUAGGAACUAAAGUAUACAAUCUUUAUUGUAGAUCAGCUACUUUACUAUUAAUAGCAAGGAUCAGAGCUCCUUUGGAUUAAUAAUUAACAUCUAAUGUGUUUUUUAACCUUAAAAUAAAAGACAGAAUGUAAUUUUAGCUGCAGCUUCACAGGAGUUCCGAAGGGCAUCAUGACCCAUGCCUUGGGCAGGUCUCAAGGAAAAUUCAGUGCACUUUCCAUUUAGCCCACAGAAAGAUAUGCUUACAUGCUGAACAUCAGAGCCUACUGGCGUUAUGUUCUAAUGUGGGACUGCUGGUUAUGUCUGGUGAACAGAAACGUUCAGUGGUGCCACUCUAGGCUCCCUUACUGGGGCACAUCCCUGGUUUGCUGCUUUCCAAGCCUUCUCUGUGAAGCAGCAGAAACUCUGGUUUACCUCCUGGGCUGCAGCAUCAGUCCCUGGAGAAGGGAAGCCCAGUGCUGCUUUCACAUAGGCCUGGCUGUCACAUCAGCCCAGCGCUGCCCGCUCCGCGUGCCUCCCACACAAGUGACCUGGAACACAGCCCUGUGCUGACACAGCUAACAGCUCCUCUUGCCCAAGCUCACUCUACGCUGUGGGAAGGGGGAGAAGAAGAGGAAGAAGCAGAGGAAGAACAAUGGGGCUGUAGGCCUCGGUCCCAUCAGCACCAUCCGGUCCCACAUGGCCACACCAGGCUGCAUGCCUGCCUGUGUUGGCCUGGGCUUAGAGCACCGAUGCAUUACCUGCAGCCAUUGGCUUUCCCCAGCGUCACUUCACGGGGCCACGAGUGACGGACUGGCCCCAAGCACAGUAAGUAGGUUAAGGCUAAACUGUGAAGUUCAGAAGAGGCUGAGCUAAAUCCAUUGUGCAGCCUGGCUCAUGCGAUUUCCCAGCUCAGCUUUAUCAGAGCAGUACUAUCCACAUGCAGCAUUUCGUGGCCUCCGAUGCAAUGCUGAAGGAGCAAAUCUGAGAGCAUCUCAGUGCUGCUGGGGGUCAUCACCCUCAGAAACUGAUCAGCACUCAUACCUCAGCACUGAUACCACGCUGGCUGGCAAUCUUCUAACACGGUUAUCAGCAAUGUCUGCCUGCCCUGGCCUCUGUGUGAGGAAUGAACAGGCUGCAUCCCUCCCAGCAGCAAAGUACGCUUUAAUCUCCCUGUCAGCAGACUGCCUGCAGUGCAGAUGAUGCCCCCUGUUUUGGAGAAACAUAAAUACUCUCCGUACCGCUGAGCUCAGCGAUGAAAGUAUAUCAAAGCUGGCCUUAGGAUGCUCGUCCUGAGUGAUAACAGAAGUGCGGGUGUGAAAGGCAAGAGGGGAACCGGGGCCGCCGCGCAGCCGGAGGAGCGCUGACGGCAGGGGACCGCCAGAGGGCGCUACAGCCCCGCGAGCCCGGCGGCACCCGCUCCCCGCCUGCGGACAACGGAGCCACCGCGGGUGACAGGGAAGACACGGAGCAGCACAGCCACUUUUGUGCGCUGAACGGGCAGCGCCGCACCCCGGCUGUGCCACACUCUGGCCGUGCCACGCAGCACCGGCCCAGCGCCGCCGCUGCUGACCAGAGGCCGUGACUCGGGAGGUAAAUAUUCGUUUGGCUUCUGUAGGCUGGUGAGUCUUAAGGCAUGAGGAUGUUUGAACAGGUGAGGGAUGCUGCAAAGGCAUGGGAACGGUUUGUCCUUCAUACCUGCAGCGAGGAGUGCGAGGAUACCGCGCCUGCAUCCAAGCGUUGGGUGCCUGGACGACUUCCUGGUGCUAAGGGUUUUUAACAGGACUGUUUUGUGUGAAUCCUUUGUUACUGCGAGUUCUUGAGAGCCCGUUGUGAACGGGAGAGACAAAUGCCCGCCCAGUGCUGCCUGCAGCCUGCCCUGGGGCUGAUGCAAAUGUCUCACAGGCUCUGUGUUCAGAGGACACAGAAGACAACAGAAUUGCAGCUAAUGCCGUGCUCACUGCUACUGGUUCCUAAGGAGAGGAGGAGAGAGAAGAAGAGAUAGGGAAGCAGGAUGGUGGUAGUGAAGAACAGAAGAGGGCAGGGAGAGGUGUGCAUCCUCUUCUGGAAAUACCUAUGCCUCAGAGCUACAUGAAGGAGCCUUUCUGACUCUCCACUCAUUCAUAAAAUUACCUCAAAUGUUCCGUGCUGUGCCUGAUUCAGUGAGGCUCAGUUUCAGUUAAAGAAAAAUGCAUUUAAAAUAGAUUUGAAACACUAAGAAAUCCAUGAAACAACUGCUUUCUUAACUAUGGGCAUCCACCCCUGGCCUCCAAGUAAUCCCAUGGUAACAAUGCCAUUUAAAGAAGAUACACUAAGUAUUAAAAAACAAACUUUUAAGAGCCCGAAGUAUGUGUUACAGUAGGUCGCUCGGCAGACACCAGUGACCCACCUUGUAAUUGUAAAUUAAUUGGGCAUUCAACUACAACAAAUCUUAGCUAAUACAGACCAGACAUGCAGCCAUGCACACUCCGGCACUGAGGCCACAGCUGUGAGCAAUGCCAGCUGGUUCACUGCAGAGCUCUGGCACGAGGGCACCUCAGACCACCCCAGCAUGCCUGCUGGCCCCUGGCAUUGCUGGCUGCAGCAGGACCAAGGCCUUUUCUGUCCCAUGAACUUCCCAUCUCUGUGUCCUUCAUCUCUGAGAAAUGUUGUAUACCACAGAGCAGGCAGAAACAGCACAGGCACUCCUUUGGCAUUGCUUCAUAUUAGCAGAGACCUGCGUCUUAGCAUGGUCCUUGUAAAGGCAUGUUCAGCUACCUCUGCUCUUGCUGAGCCAGCAGAGGAAGCAGAGCCUGAAGCAACUGUAAGUGAAAGUGCUGCUACUGUUGACACAAUCAGGGUGCAGCAUCAUGAACUGGAGAAGAAGCAGGCUUCCAGGGUUCACGCUAUGCCCCCAAGCAGAUGAAUUGCCAAAUCAGAUCAGAUCAGGCGAGGUGUUUUCUGCAGGCUAAGACAGUGAUCCUCAGCUCCGAACCAAAAGUUAUCUGCGGAUCUUUGCAGCUGAAGUAGUGGCAAGCUUGGGAACAUGUCUGCAGUCUACUAAAGGGCUCGCAGUGUUUGCACCAUACAGGAGUGGUGUUGUGGCAGGAGAGACACUUCAGAUGUACAGCUGGAAUUGAACACAGUGCACUGCAGAUAACAGGUUAGACAUCUGCUUGGUACGUGCUUUAGUCAAUCGCACAGCUGCCUGAUCUGUGCCUGCACAGCAAGUUGAACCGUCACCACGCCAAACGGGAAGUGAGAGCCCCAUCUGCCCCAACACGUCAGCACUCCAUUUCCACGUGCCACGUACUUUCAGACCUCAGCCCUAUCCCAGAGUAGCGCUGGCCAGGAUAUGUCCGUGGAAUAUCUUUGAAGAUGUACGUAGAUAUGCAGAGGUGAUGAAUUUUCUGCAUGGAUGAGCGAGGUCAGCCUGGAUUGCAAGAUACCUGAGCAGUUCCUGGAACAUACAUCAUCCCUCCUGUGUUGUGCAGGACACUGGCCAGCUGUUCCCCUGUUCUUGUGAGAUUGGUGAAAAUAAGCCUACAUUCCAGGAAUGCAAGAGGAGCAACAGCCUGAGGCUGCUGCAGAUCCAAUGUCCUCCUCUGAUGUACCAGAAGAUGGCCCAAAGGAAACCUCAAGUGUAUCGCAGAGUAUCUCUGAUGCAGAUGCAUUUAAAAUUCUUCUGGAGAUGAAGAUGAAGAAGAGGCAGAAAAAACCUGCCUUACCAAGCACUGUGACUGAGCUCAACACUGAGGACGGUUCUAAAGUGUAUGUGGUUGGAACAGCCCACUUCAGUGACAGCAGCAAAAAGGAUGUAGUGAAGACAAUACAAGAAGUGCAGCCAGAUGUGGUUGUGGUGGAACUAUGCCAGUACAGAGUUUCCAUGUUAAAGAUGGAUGAAAAGACUUUAUUAAAAGAAGCCAAAGAAAUAAAUCUGGAAAAACUUCAACAAGCUAUAAAGCAGAAUGGAGUCAUGUCCGGACUGAUGCAAAUGCUGCUUCUGAAAGUGUCUGCUCACAUCACAGAACAGCUGGGAAUGGCCCCAGGAGGGGAAUUCAGAGAGGCUUUCAAAGAGGCUAGUAAAGUACCUUUCUGUAAAUUUCAUCUUGGAGACAGGCCCAUCCCUGUUACAUUUAAGAGGGCGAUUGCUGCACUUUCUUUCUGGCAAAAAGUCAAGCUUGCCUGGGGCCUUUGCUUCUUAUCUGACCCAAUCAGUAAAGAUGACGUGGAAAAAUGCAAACAGAAGGAUUUACUGGAGCAGAUGAUGGCAGAGAUGAUUGGAGAAUUUCCUGAUCUUCAUCGGACAAUCGUCUCGGAACGAGAUAUUUACUUGACCUACAUGCUGAAGCAAGCAGCAAAGCAGAUAGAACUACCUCGGGCUUCAGAAACUGAACCUCAGAGAUACAUCCCUGCUGUUGUAGUUGGUGUGGUUGGGAUGGGUCACGUACCUGGAAUUGAAAAGAACUGGAACUCGGACUUAAACAUUCAGGAAAUAAUGAGUGUGCCUCCUCCAUCAGCUUCAAGUAAGAUUUUCAAAUUUGUCAUAAAAGCAACAGUUUUUGGACUGAUGGGCUAUGGCUGCUACCGAAUAGGUCAAAGGACGGUUCAGUUUAUUCUCUCGAUGCCAGCAGCACAGAGCUAUCUUCAGAAGCUGACAGAAAUAAGGUCUCAGCAUUGAACGUGAGUGGAGGCACAACGUGAAGAAAGUGGCUGAAAAGGGCGAUGGAGGCAACAAAGGUGAACCGGACUGAAAGAAGAAGGAAAUGAGGAUUCUACUCAGAGGCGAUGGGUGCGGAGCAAAGCUGAGUUGCUGUAUAAUAAAAGAUUUGAUACUGAACUUACACCAGCUAUGAUCUGAUGAGUAAGUUUGAUUCCUGGUGCGUUGCAUGAAACCACGUGAUUCCAGAUUGAGGCCAAUGUAACACGUACAUAAAUAUAUAUUAUAUAUAUAUCUGUACGGCAUGUGUAUAUAUAAUAUAUAUUAAUGAUGAUGUAGUACAGACAGCUUAAAGAGUGUAUGCUUGUGACUUUUUUUCCAGAAGAACAGAACACCAAGUAACCAAAUUGGCUGCGUCUGCUGCGAAAUUCAGGGACACCUGCUGGAGUGAUUUAGUUUCUUUCCUCGGGUAUAAUAAUACCUAGCGGUCAUUUCUGGUGCCAGGCACUUUUACACGUAAUUCAGAAGGGCGUCUUCUCAAUGUGUGUUUUAUACUUACAAACAUUUAGGCUUUUUAAAGACUUGAAAGCUUUCCAAAAAUGUCAGAACCGUACAGGCUGCCGUAUGUUCACCGCUCGGACCUUUUACAAGCCUUACUGAAGAAAGGAAACGCUGCCUUUAGAUUGCAUCCCUCCUUACCACCACCGGUUGAAUUGUCUUCUGCAUAGAGAAGGUAGAGCCACGCCAUCAGAAUGCAUUUGGUGUCACAUGUUUACAGGACACUCUGUUCCUUUAGAUUAGGUAAUUUAAACUGUAUUGUUUAGCCAAAUCCUGCUGGAUUCAGUAUUGUAAAUUUGAGACUAGAACUACUGUACAGGUUUUGUUUCUCGGACCUUUCGUUAUCGGGACAAGAAGUCGGGAAUUGGAUCGUACCUGCUCCUCAUUUUUGAUACAUGAAAAUAUUUAUCAAUGUAAUUUCUCAGUGGAUGAAUAUUUUAAUCUAUUUAAUAGAAAAGCAAUGUUCAGCUUAGUUUUUCAAACUAGCGAUAGCAUUUUAUUUGGGUUACCUGCUAUUUAUACGUAGAAUAAUGGGUACUGCAGACUGCUGUGAUUUUUAAGAUUUUUCCAGAACAGCCAUCUGUCACCCAUCUCUUUUAUCGUUUAGGCUGAUAUGUAAUAGGAGGUUUUGGUACCCUUUGUAUGGGAUUUUCGAUGAUUGUAAAGUGCCCUCUGCAAUCAGCUGCUCCCAGCUCCGCAGUGCAGACAGCUUUGAUUGGCAUAUCAGAGUUUGAACCUCAUGUAUUUGAAUAGAAGAGUCCCAUUUGCUCCUCAGGCUCAUAUACUCGUUGAUUAAAGUGGGGUUUUUGUUUCUACUGAUUUCUUUUGGGACUGAAAGAUGAGAACCAGUGUGUGAGGCAAGAGGAGGAAAACAUCACGUUGUGCUUUGUGUUUCCUUGCUGCUCUCAGUUGGUUCAGUAAAAUCAACGGACCGCUCUCAGCAGGGUGAAUGUGCAGAGCCUUGUGCUGGGGGUCGUCCCACACAGCCUGUUGGUGGCUGGAAGCAUGUGGGCCUUCCGGGCCCUGCUCUGUGAUGGCAGUGACUUUGCUGGGAGCUGGUCUGUCCGUGCAGCCCGAUGCUCUGCAAAGAUGUUGUGUGUCCCUCUGCAGCACUGAAGUACGCGUUCAUCUUUAAGCCUAUGAAAUAGAACCCAGUCCUGCAGAGCACUUAAGGCAACGCGUGGUGUGUUUCUGGGUCUGGGCCUUAGAGCUGUGCAGGGAAUAAACCUGAGCAAAUGAGAACGGCAGCGAUUCGCGCUUUGUGAAGUGUGCUGUGACACAGAGCAGGAUGGAGUCAGGUCCUUCCCGUUUUCCACCGGUGUGUGCUUGAGGAACCCCCAGCCAUCUCUAGCGAGGCUGAAGGCCGCACUGAUGAACUUGAUAGAAGACUGGAGUGACUGCCUCCAUUUUGCCUCCUGACUGUUUUGGUGACGGUUUAAUGAAUUGUUUACAGUUAAGCGGUCCUAUGUGAAUAAUUCUAUUCCGUGUUACAUUCAUUAUUAAGAGAUGAAAGCAAAAAGCUUGAGCUCCUUCUCCUGGCUCUCCUGACAUACCAAAAGGUUGUUGCUGUUUUGUUGGUUUUUUUGUUUUGUUGUGAAUUUGCUUUUGUUUGGAUUAUUUUGAUUUUGAGGUCUUUUCAGCUGUUGUAGUUCAACAUGUAUCAAUUCUGGAUGUCUUGCUUUAAGAUACCUGCAGAUUUUUAAGGUAUCUGCAGAUAUUGCGAAAGCUCUGUAGAUCUUUGAUAUCUGUGCUCAGGUAAUUUUACACAAAGGAAAACAAAUCUAAGGUAAAUUUUAGACACGAGCCUUAAACUCGGGUGGGACUGAUGCUCGGCAGUUGCCAUGGAGCAUUCUGCAGACUUGCCAUCGUAUGCUUUUUUGGCCAGAAGUGUAAGCUGUCCGUUUGUAACUCGGUCAUCAUCAGCAGUUACCAUCUUGAGUCUUUGUUUUCACUUUUUCUUCUUUCUUUUUAAACGUAUCGUCAGCAGAUAGGAAGGCGGCCGUCUGGGGACAGAACUUGCAGUUUCUUCCCACUGUUGCAGACUGACAGAGGCCGUAUGUAAGCGCUGUUUGCUCAGUGGCACUCGAAAGCCCGAUGAAUUUGCAGAACUAUCGGUCCUGUGAAUCCAAACACGACUGCUCAGUGUUGUGUAUCCCAUGUGUUGUACCGUCUGUGUAACAAUCAGUGUUUUAGGUCCAUCCUUUUUCUGUUCUAGUCAGACCUCUCAGUGUUGGAGCAUCCUGUAAAACUGAACUCUGUUGCUCUGUCCCAGCCCUGCCUCAGCCUUACGAAGCCAUACUGUAUUUUUUUGGUGACAUGUACAUCUGUUUCAUGCGUUUGUACAUGUAAUGUAAUUUCAAGUAUUUUUAACAAUGUGUGCCUUUACUCUAAAGUGAUUUAAAGCAAACAGCAGUAUGUUCUAUGAUAUAAAAAAUAAAAUAUUUUAGCCACCGUU